CUUCCCACCCUGACGAUAUCCCUACACCCAGAUCCCCCAGGUUCUCGAGAAACCGACUGCAACCAUGGCAACCGAGAAGAAAGACAAGAUGGAGGCGCAAAUCAAGUCCGUUGAUAUGACGGAGGAUAUGCAGCAAGAGGCCAUUGCCCUCGCGAUCGAGGCUAUGGAGAAGUACCACAUCGAGAAGGAUAUUGCGCAGCACAUCAAGAAAGAAUUCGAUUCGCGAAAGGGUGCUACCUGGCAUUGCGUUGUCGGCCGAAACUUUGGAAGCUUUGUCACUCACGAGACCAAGCACUUCAUCUACUUCUACCUUGGCCACUGCGCCAUCCUCCUCUUCAAGACCCAAUAAGUGGAUAUAUCUGCUUGGAAGAAAGAGUCAGGGAAUUCCACGGGAAGAAGCCUCGUAAAUUUGCCUUUUCAAAGCGAUCUUUUUGUCUUCGUCUCAUGACUUUCAGCUUUUGUGCCGAAGCGCUUUCUAAACGAGAAUCGUCGCAUUUUGUACACAGUUUGUUUAUUUUACCUAUCUACCUAAAUAUUGAUGAGAUUGAGUCUUGCGGGAAAGAAA